AUGGGCUUUCUCCCAGAUAGCAUCCUCCAUGACAUGGUCGCAGUACUAGGCGAAUUUGUUGGGACCUUCUUAUUCCUGUUUUUCGCAUACGCAGGAUGUCAAGUUGCGAAUGACCCGUCUGAGAGGAACGGGUUGCCUGUCGAAGCGAACACGUUGAGAAUCAUCUACAUCGGCCUAAGCUUUGCUGUUUCCUUAGCCAUCAACUGCUGGCUGUUCUAUCGCGUCAGCGGUGGACAACUCAAUCCAGCUGUAACGCUGACAUUAUAUCUUGUGGGCGCUAUCCCGGGCCGCCGCACGAUCACGAUAUGCAUUGCUCAGGUCAUCGCCGGAAUCGCCGCAGCAGGUGUUGCGUCUUGCACCUUCCCGGGCCCAAUGAAGGUUGACAUUAGCUUGGGUGCUGGUACCAGUAUCUCACAAGGCUGCUUUAUCGAGAUGUUCACCACAUUUUUGUUGUGUCUCACUGUCGUCAUGCUAGCCGCUGUGAAGCAUAAAGCGACCUUUCUGGCCCCUCUUGGGAUUGGAAUGGCCCUCUUCGUUGGCCAUUUGUGCAGCGUCGAGUUUACUGGUGCUGGCAUCAACCCUGCGCGUGCAUUUGGUCCGGCUGUUGUCAAUCACUCGUUCCCCGGCUACCAUUGGAUUUACUGGGUUGGCCCACUGAUUGGCGCACUUGCGGCUGCAGCCUUCUACCACAUUCUCGAGCUCCUCGACUGGAAGACGGCCAAUAUUGGCCAAGAUUUUGAUGACCUUGAAGCACAGCAUUUAGAUUCCAAGAAGCAUACUCCUAGACCCAAUAUCUUAGCACCUACUCUUACACCUGACCCACUCGAAACCAAGCCUGCACCUGAAGAAGAGGGCGAGGGGAGCGAUGCACCACUCAGCACGAGUAGAGUAGACGUCCACCAGAGAUGCAUGAAUUGA